UUCGGUUCUCCAUUUAUAUGCGUUAGUCUUUUCGGUCGCCUAGGCUUAUCUCCAACCCUUUCCUCUCCACUGACUGCGCAGGCCAGCCCCAGAAUUCUUCUCCCCGAACGAGGAAAAGAGCAAGCGAACAGGAUGGGUCGUGGAGUUAGCAGCGGCGGUGGUCAGAGUUCUUUGGGCUACCUAUUUGGAAGUGGAGAGCCUGCCAACAAUAAUCCCCCAAAAUCUGCCAAAAGUGAGGGAAACGCUGAGAGCAGCAAGCCACCACCACCAGAGAACGGUCCAACUCCAGCUCCUCAAGCAGUUGAUGGCCGCACUCCAGCAGGCACCCCAGGGAACUUGACCAACAACUACUUUCGUGCUGAUGGGCAGAACUGUGGCAACUUCAUCACUGAUCGGCCCUCAACCAAGGUUCACGCUGCUCCUGGUGGGGGUUCUCAACUCGAUUACCUCUUUGGCAACGGAGGGAACUGAACCUCUGAAGUCCUUGGCCGGCUAGCUGCAUGUAACUGAAAUAUUGCAGCAUGUAAGUGGUGGUUUAGAAGGUCUUUCGCCAUGCCAGGAAGAAGUCGACAAAUUUGAUGUACUUAUUUGUCUACAAUAGCAUACAAUGCUUUCCUU